AUGUGGCGGAGAGUCUACUUCUUUCUAAUCCUUGUGCGCAUCUACUUUGCCCUGUCGCCCAGCUACCUGCACCCGGACGAGAACUUCCAGGGCCCUGAGGUCAUCGCUGGACGCGUCUUCUCCUAUCCCGUCCACGAAACCUGGGAAUUCACAUCUGAGAACCCCAUCCGCAGUACCUUCCCACUAUGGCUUGCAUACGGCUGGCCCAUGUACAUUUUGCGCUGGCUAUGGGAGGGUUUCGGCUAUGAUGUCUCGCCGUCGGUCGUAUACUGGACACUGCGAGUACUCAUGCUGUCGUUGAGUGUCGUCAUGGAGGACUGGGCCAUCCAUGAGCUGGUCGCUUCACCCCGCGCGCGUCCCGUUGCCGUCAUGCUCGUCGCAUCUUCGUAUGUGACUUGGACGUUCCAGACACAUACCUUCUCGAACAGCCUCGAAACACUGUUGGUGCUAUGGAGCCUGGUGUUGAUCCAGAGGAUAACAGACGACAAGAAGCGCUCCGGCAUAUUGGCCUCAUCCAUCCUCGGCUUCAUGGGCGUCGUGGGCAUUUUCAACCGCAUUACCUUUCCAGCAUUCUUGUUGCUUCCUGCGACGACCUUGCUACCUCACUUCCAGCGCAAACCAUUCUCUUUGGUCUUCUUGGCUACAUUCGCUCUCUUCACAGCUUUCCUUGCUAUCUGCGUAGAUACCGCGUUUUAUACCCCUGGCGAGUUUACCUUCUCAAAAGUCUUCAACGGGCCGGUUAUUACGCCCUUCAAUAAUUUCCGCUACAACUCCGAUUCCGCAAACCUUGCCCAGCAUGGCAUACACCCACGAUACCAGCACUUCCUGGUCAAUCUUCCUCAACUCCUCGGACCAGCGACGCCGUUUCUGUUCUUCUUGCGCAGGGCGCAUAUUUCUAUGAUUCUGGUCUCAGCUAUUUCCGGCGUUGCCUUUCUCAGCAUCUUCCCACACCAGGAAGCACGAUUCUUACUGCCUGCUGUACCACUAAUACUAUCCUCAAUACGCAUACCAACUCCGCGUAUCAGAAAAAGCUGGAUCAUCACUUGGGUCGUCUUCAACGUCGCUUUCGGCAUAUUGAUGGGCGUGUACCACCAAGGUGGCAUUGUCCCAGUCCAAAUGAACAUCGCCAAAACGAAUGAGACAGUUUCUCAUGCGUUUUGGUGGAAAACCUACAGCCCUCCGACAUGGUUGCUGAAUGGCAAGAACGAGGAGCUGCAGACCGUAGACUUGAUGGGCUGUCCAGCCGAAACAAUGAUCGAAAAGGUCAAAGAAGCACUACCGCCUUGUCGGACGCGGAAACCACCAAAGGCUAAUCGCGGCGCUGUUUACGUGGUAGCACCAAGAUCAGCACAUGCUUUGAUACCAUAUCAGAGCCCCAACACCUCAAAAGAAGUCUCGUUGCAGGAAGUCUGGAGCUAUCGUCAGCAUCUCAAUCUUGACGAUAUGGACUUUGCCGACGAUGGCGUUUGGAACACCAUUAACCGCGUUGUCGGCGAUCGUGGAUUGGUGGUCUGGCGAGCUACUCGGAAUUGCUGGCCUGCACCUGAAGAAAGUGAACCUGUCUCUGAAUAG